AGUUUGCAAGGAGUGUACAGUUCACGUUGGUUCUGAUAUAGGAAUUUAAUUCACCGGUGCUCCAAAUUUACGGAGUUUGACGAUUACGGGGUUGGCCGUCCUCCUGACAGGCCAGCCCCGGCCUAUCCAUUAUAAAUUAGUUCCAUCUUUGUAGGAGACACCUGCAGUGCAAAUUGCUUGUGACGAGGCAGUUCGUGGCCGCAGAAAGCGGCAGCACACAGUACAGGUUCUGAAGCGAUUAGCUGCUAACCAGCCGCUCAGCAAUCAUGAGCACACCUGCUCGAAAACGCUUAAUGAGGGACUUCCGCCGGUUGAGCUCGGAUCCUCCUCAAGGCGUGAAUGGGAGCCCUAAUCCGGACAAUAUAAUGCUCUGGAACUGCGUAAUCUUUGGUCCUGAGGAUACGCCAUGGGACGGUGGCACGUUCAAAUUGACGAUGGAGUUUUCGGAGGAAUACCCAAACAAGGCACCCACCGUAAAGUUCAAGUCCAAACUAUUCCAUCCGAACGUUUAUGCGGAUGGGAGCAUUUGCCUGGACAUCCUCCAGAACCAAUGGAGUCCAAUUUACGAUGUGGCUGCUAUCUUGACAUCUAUCCAGAGCCUUCUGUCCGACCCCAACCCCAAUUCGCCUGCGAACGGAGAGGCGGCGCGUCUGUACAACGAAAACAGGCGCGAGUACAACCGUCGAGUACGGGAGGUGGUGGAGGCGUCCUGGGUUGAGGAUGUUCCUCCUGAAGAGACAGCCACAAGUUGAUUGGAGGCUCAUUAAGCAUGCCGACUACAGCUCACCGUGACUGGGAUGAGAUGGUUGUAAAUGCUUGCACUCC